UUACUCGUGCUCAUGAGUUUUCUGGUCAUGCUGUUCGUCGCUUAAACAAAAACGCGCCCUCUACUCCAGCUAGCCUAUAGAAAAAAUCCAAUAAAACCGGCUUCAAGAGGAAAGGCGGGCGACCAGGAUUUGGAUUUUGUGCAUUAGCUAAAUACAAACUUGUUUAAGCGUUUUAAAUUUAGAAAAUAUCUGGGAUUGCCCGGUGAGAGGCCCCUUCAGAAGCUGACCCAUCUGUCUGAAAAUCAGGAAGACUCCAUGUUGACCCUGUCGCAAAAAAGAAACUUGAAGAAGAGGGCCUCCUUUCAGGAGAGCGUCGACAAUGAGAACACCCCUCAGGGUCUGAUCCAGCACUGCUCCCCCCUUCACAAACACCCCUGCGUCACCGCCAAGGGCAAGGAGAAUGAGGUGCAGUUUGUCCUGGCCAAGAGGCCACGGAGACGGAGGGAGUCCACAGGACUGUCCUGGGACAGUCUCCCUGAUGAGCUUCUGCUGGGGAUCCUGGCGUGCCUCCCGCUCCAGGACCUCUUGGCGACGUCUCGAGUCUGCAAGCGGUGGCACCGUUUGGCGUUCGACGAGUCGCUGUGGCACAGCGUGGACCUGGCGGGGAAGGCCCAGGUGGACGCGGCGCUGCGGCAGGUGCUCCCGGCCGGCGCGGUGGGGCUCCGCUGCCCCCGGGCCUGCAUCGGGGAGCCCGCCUUGGCGAACGCGCGGCGCCUGCGCGUCCAGCACAUGGACCUGUCGAGCUGCAUCGUCAGCACCCCGGUUUUAGAAGACAUCCUGUCCCGUUGCCAGCAGCUACGGGACCUCAGCCUGGAGGGGCUGGUGCUGUCAGACAGUAUCAUGCAAUCGCUGUCCCAGAAUGCCGAGCUGGCGAGGCUCAAUCUGUGCGGCUGCUCAGGAGUAUCGCCCCAGUCCGUCCGGGACAUGCUCCAGUGCUGCAGGAGGCUGGAGGAGCUCAACGUGUCUUGGUGUGACUUCGACAGCAGUCACGUGAAGGCCGUUGUUGAAAAUAUUCCCUCCAGUGUUACCCAGCUGAACAUCAGCGGCUACAGACAGAAUUUCACAAUGGAAGACCUGAAAGCACUGGUGGCACGAUGUCCGGACCUCACACAUCUAGAUUUAAGCGACAGCGUUCAGGUGACGGCAGACAGCUUCCCCGUCCUGCGGCAGCUCUCCUCCCUGAAGGACCUGGCCCUGAGCCGCUGCUACCAGAUCCAGCCGGCCGCGCUGACGUGUCUGGAGAAGCUUCCGGAGCUGAAGACCCUGGAGGUGUUCGGCCUGGUGCCAGGCAGCUACAUGCCCGUCCUGAGCGAGGGCCUGCCGCACGUGCAGAUCAACACCCGCUGCUUCUCCAGCGUGGCCCGGCCCACCCCCGCCGGCCAGAGGGACCGCACCAUGUGGGGGACGCCCUGCCGGCUGGUCUACAGGCCCUAGCCUUCGAGGAACAGUCCGUCAAACGGCCAGGUCAGCGGAAACGACGGCGGAGAUUCGUUUCAAAGUGUUAUAUUUUUUCAGUUCCGUUCACUUUGUUUUCGUUCGUGUCAGUCUGAUGUGUUUUAAAUGUUAGCAUUGGCCACGAGCCACAAAGUUUUAACAUUGUUGUGCCAUUUCUUCCCUAGAACAGAAUGCUGUUUGGCCUGUUUAUCGAGGCUCUGACGACCACUUUUAGGUUCAUUAGCAUUAGUUUGGGUUCAUUAGCAUUACUUUUGGGUUCAUUAGCAUUACUUUUGGGUUCAUUAGCAUUCCUUUUGGGUUCAUUAGCAUCUUGCUAAUACAACAUUCCAAAGACAGAUUUGUUUUCAUGCAAAUUUUAUAUACAGGGUAUACUUGAAGUUGUACUGCAACUUUUUUAUAUUGGCAUGUUACCCAACGACAUAAACAUCCUGUUUUUGUUCCUUCAGAUGUGAUUGUGACAAAAUUUUCAGGUUUUUCUCAGCCAAAAAUUCAGGCCCGGACAAUCAGGUGAAUUGGACAUAGCCCAGCAUGGAUCCUGAGGUCACUUAACAAUAAAACAUCUUCCCUAUCAUAAUCAGGUAACAGGAUGAGUAAAGUUGGCUCACUGAGCUAGCUAACUAGCUAGUUUGCACUCCAAGUCAUACUUGAUAAGAGCAUCUGCUAAAGUACGCGAUAAUGAAAGUUUUCCUUCCUUCUGGAGCCCUUAAUUGGCGUGGGUGCAGUGUGUUGUUUUGUAUGUUGACUCGCCGCCCAGUACGUCCAAUCGGAAAUUGGUAUUCAAGUCCGUGAAUCACUGGCACACCAAUGGCUGUGGUUUUAGCCAACAGUUAAAAAGACUGGAUGAUACUGUGGUCUGAUUUCUGAUCAAAGUUUAGCCUUAUGAUUGCCUUGAAUUAUAAAAGGCAUCACAAGUUCCUUUUUUAAAAAACUAUUAAAUUGGGCUGUUUUACUAGUAUUUUAACCGUUUUUUUGGCAGGUUUAAGUGGCAUUUUAAAAUGAUAAAAUUAGCUAAAAGGGAAUUGUUCUCACAAAUCAAGUAAUGUAUAUACAUAAUAGGCUAAUAAAGGCAUUAAAAAACUUUUUUAUUCAGCUAGUUAAGUUUACUUUCCAAACCUAAUGAAGUCUGAAUAAGUUGCAAUUUUUAACAUGAAAACAAGUUUGUAUCAUUUUGUAAAUCCAUCUUGGAAAUAAUGCUGUGAAUAGUAGGUUUGAAAGUGUAAAAAUGUUGAAAUUGCUAUGUGACAGCAAUAAAUGUUCUUUUUUAAAGCA